ACGCCGAGGCCUGGCAUGGUUACCAUGGUUACCGGACGCCGCUGACCUAACGUGGGAGCUGCUGAUAUUCUCGGAUUAUCAAAAAAAUCACAAUGGGUAAAAAGACAGAGAAAGGAUCAAAGGAUAAGAAUGUUGUUGGAAGCAACGACGACGAUUCAAAGAAUUCAGCUGUUGGUUUAUUGGACAAGACACUGCUGUCCCCUGAGGAUUACCAAUGCACUGGUAACCUGGAUGAAGACUUUACCGAGCUGUGCUGCCGCGUGGGUUAUACUGAAAUCCCCAAAAUUAUUGCAUGCUCAAACCCUCCCGGUACACCAGCAUCUGAGAAAACAAGUAUGGAUGAAUCUGAAUGGAACGCUGACGGCCAGGCCGGCUCGGUCCACAACGCAGAAAGGUUUUCCUACUUCAGACCAAAGAUCCGCGUGGAACUGGAAAGUGAAGAUGCAAAAUCGGUCAAAGAGGUCUCUGUUCGAGGAUGGAAGAUCGAUGAUAAAAUGAUGGGAGUUUUUGCUAAAUGUCUGCCGGCACUGACUGAUUUACAUGCGAUCAGCCUUUGGAAUGUCGCUCUGACAGACAACACCUUCUCCUCAUUCGUCUCCAUUCUCCAACAAUGUCCUAAUCUCAGGGUGGUUACGCUGGAGGGGAACCCCUUACCUGACCAGUCCUAUUAUAAACUGAUAACGGAUGACUUGCCGCUGACUCAUGUAUCCCUACGUAACAAUAAAAUCGAUGACGAAGGAGCCAGACUGCUCAGCCAAGCUCUUCAAAACCUCAAGUUAACCAACAAGAACCUGGCAUCGCUGAACCUCGGUUAUAAUCACAUCUCCGACGUGGGAGCGUGUCACAUUGCAGAGGCCUUAAGACUGAACCGCUCGCUGCUCUCACUGAACCUGUCCAGCAAUCGAAUAGGAGAUAAAGGCGCUCUUGCCUUGGCCGAGAUCCUGGGACAUUUUGCGUUAAAUCACAAAGAGAUUUUGGAAAGGAGGAGAUUGUUACUUGAAAAGGAAAGUCAAGAACAUCCAAGAUCACCUGGCACCUCACGACAUGGAGACCCCAAAAGCGAUCGGCCACAAAGCCACCAAAGCAACAACGUUUCUGACAAAACACAAGUCGCCAAGACAAGCAAGAGUACUGUAAAGAAAAAAGAAAAGGAAAAGGAUCCUCCAAGGAAGGAGGAGAAGUCAGUGACGAGCACCCAGCCAAGUGGCACGUCUAGUCAAACUGGGGCGGUCAAGAAAGAAGACGCAAAGCCACCCAAAAAACAAUUGGCCAAUCCUGACCCCAAAAACCAGCGAGGAAAAGGAGUUAAAUCUGCAACAAAACGUGUCCCUUUGACAGAGCAAGAACAGACUGAACCCACUGAAGUGACAAACCCCUUACUGGAACCAACAGAAUCUCAGGAUGGAAAGAUAUUUCUCCCCGGAAACAAAGUCCUGAUCAACCUAAACCUUUUAAGAAACAGGAUCUCAGAAGAAGGCCUUAAAGGUUUCCUUGCGGCUAUAGAGACCCAGGUUGUAGAGUCUAAACCGGUCCCAGGCACCAAAAUCCAAACAGGGCUGCUUCGUCUGUCUAUAGCGAGAAACAAUUUCUCACCAACUAGCCCGACAUUCAUAAAACUGCAGGAAAUAAUGUUUACCAGGGACCCGAUGAACAAGUCAUCCGCUACGUCUGUGGAGGACCACAUCGCUUAAUAGGAGAAAACCCCUUUCUAAGGAAUGGUAUGAUCCACAAACGUAAAAGACGGCCAAGGGCUUCAAGUUACAUCCAGAGGAGUGCAUCGAGUCCUGGUGCACACAGUAAUACACUAAAUGUCUGAU